UCCGGCUGCAGCCGCAGACAUGGCGACGCUGACAGUGGUCCAGCCGCUCACAUUGGACAGAGCUUCUCAUGUCUGUGCCAGAUAGGACAUCUGCUCAGAAGAGCUAAACUGCAAGACGAGGAUUCUAAGAAUUGUUUCAAUUAGUGUAAUCUCCCAGUAACAAACACUACAAUUUUUAUCAUGGGGAAGGAGGGUUAUUUAAGAUGUUGCAAGAGCAAUUGAAUUACUGGAGAAACUACAGAAGUCCGGAGAAGUACCAGUUCACAAGCUACAGUCCCUAAAGAAAGUACUGCAGAGUGAGUUUUGUACAGCUAUCAGAGAGGUAUAUCAAUAUAUGCAUGAAACCAUAACUGUUAAUGGCUGCCCAGAAUUCCGUGCGAGGGCCACUGCAAAGGCAACAGUUGCUGCUUUUGCAGCAAGUGAAGGCCAUUCACACCCUCGAGUGGUGGAGCUGCCAAAGACUGAUGAAGGUCUUGGCUUUAACGUGAUGGGAGGAAAGGAACAAAACUCUCCUAUAUACAUUUCUCGUAUCAUUCCUGGAGGGGUGGCAGAAAGACAUGGAGGACUCAAGCGAGGAGACCAGCUGCUUUCUGUUAACGGAGUGAAGGGGAAACCUAUAAUGGCAGCAGGCCAUAAAAGAGACCCAAUUUGGAAAUAUUGUAAUGAAUUUCCUCUGCCUGUGGGUAAGACAGGCAUGCGUGCAAAAUGCAAACAGUGCAAGAAAGAAAUGCAAUGCCUGGUUGCCCGAAUUAAACAACAUCAUGAGAAGUGUUCCCUCUCAGGAGGAAUCUGCAUUGAAGAUGAUGAUGAAAGGAACAUGUCUGAACAUGCAGGAUUUUUAGGAGAAUCCAUCCUCAACAUACAGGAUUCUAAAGACUAUCCACCUUCAAGAUCACCAUCAUUUUCUAUAGUUUCAGAGUUAUCUGCCAAUGAUAGGUUUCAGUCACAUCAUGUAUAUCACACAGUCACAGUAUAUCACCUGUAGCAAAAAGAAAAAAAAUCUCCAUCAUCCAGAAACAACCAUAGAUAAGUUUGUGAUAAGAACAGCAGACUACAAAAAGAGGUAAUAUAUGAAAAAAUUGCCUGGUUUGUUUAUGCAACAAACUCUCCUUUCUGUAUGAUUGAGAACCCACGUUUCAGUAACAUGGUUCAGUCAUUAAGACCAGGACACAGCCCACCCAACAGAACAGAUGUUGCACGCAAAUUACUGGAUAAAGUGUACGAAAGAAAUUGAGCAGUGUGAAAAAGGUCUAGACGGUGAAAUUGUUAACCUGAAUCUUGAUGGAUGGAGCAAUGGCCACAAUGAUCCUGUUGUAUGUGCUUGUGUGACAGAAAAAGAGAAUCUCUUCCUUAUAGAAACAAUUGAUACAUCAGGAAAUGCAAAGACAGCAGAAUGCUUACAAGAAGUACAAGUAAAAGCUAUAACAAACUGAAAAAAAAUUCAAAUGUCUAGUAUGCAACUUGGUCACAGACAAUGCUGCAAAUUUAUCCAAGAUGAGAAGAAAUUUAGAAAGAGUCCCAAGCUAAUAACAUAUGGUUGCAGUGCUCAUUUGAUGCACCUCUUAGCCAAAGACUUCAGUGUUCCAGAAAUAAAGGUUAAUGUUGUUGAAAUUGCAAAAUACUUCCGAAACAACCACUUUGCAGCAGCUGCUCUGAAAAAAGUGGGAGGAACCAAGCUAACUCUCCCACAAGACAUGCAAUGGAACUCAGCAGUGGACUGUUUUAAGCACUAUAUCAAGAACUGGCCUAAUCUCAUGACAGCUUGUGAACAAGAUCGUGAAAAAAUAGAUGGCACUGUCACAGCCAAAGUUCUCAACUCUGGGCUUAAGAGAAAUGUUGAACACAUGUUGAGUACCGUGAAGCCUAUUUCUGUAGCCUUGAACAAAAUGCAGGGAAAUAGCUGUUUUAUUGCUGACACUGUUGAAAUUUUGAAGGAACUGAGUGAGACCUUAAAAAGAGAACUAUGCAAAGACACAGUUAAAUUACAAGCUUAAAAAAAACAAGUGGGACAAGCACUAUGUCGAGCUCAUUUUCUUGCAAAUAUUCUCAGUUCUCAGUACCAGGGUCAAACCUUAAUGGCUGAAGAAGAGGAGUUGGCUAUGACAUGGACAUCCAGCAAUCCUCCCUCCAUAAUGCCAAAUAUAAUAAACUUCAGAGGUAAGGGUGAACCAUUCAAGAAAUAUGUUUGCUGAUGAUGUUUUAAAGAAAGUCACAGCAGUGAACUGGUGGUCGUCACUUAAGCACUUGGAUUCAGAGACUGUUGAAGAGAUAAAUCUCACUUUUAACAGCAGUAACUUCUUCUGCCAGUGUAGAAAGAAUAUUUUCUUCCUUUGGACUAAUUCAUUCCAAAUUGAGAAAUAGUUUGGGACCUGAAAAAGCAGGAAAGCUUGUUUUUCUGUUCCAGAUUAUGAACAAAAAGGAAAAUGAAGGUGAAGAUGACUGAGUUAGCUGCAGAAGCCAAUAUUUUAAGUUUCUCAUGUUGACCUGGCUG